UCCUCCUCCUCCGGCACACACAGCUCGCCCUCUGAUUGGUUGGAAACCAGCACGGAGAGAACUCGUGUCGUGAGAUCUGUCAAAUUCGGCGCACCAACUCCACACACCAACAUCAUUUCACCAUCCAGACCACCAGAAUACCGCGUCUGCUUAUCGGUGGCCGCCUUUGGAGUUGCAUCAAAAACAGGACAAACGUCCGGAAGUCGCCGCCGCAUCUGAAGGACACCCACUCGAGCCACAUUUACCGGAAACACCGCGCAGAGGGCAUCGGUGUGAGGAUGGCUGCGUACAAGCUGGUCCUGAUCCGCCACGGGGAGAGCUGCUGGAACCAGGAGAACCGCUUCUGCGGCUGGUUCGACGCGGACCUGAGCGACACCGGGGAGCACGAGGCCAAGAGAGGCGGGCAGGCCCUGAAAGAUGCUGGCUAUGAAUUUGAUAUUUGCUACACCUCGGUCCUAAAGAGGGCCAUCCGCACCCUGUGGUUUGUUCUGGACAGCAUCGAUCAGAUGUGGCUGCCCGUCAACCGGACCUGGCGCCUCAAUGAGCGCCACUACGGGGGCCUGACUGGCCUGAACAAGGCUGAAACAGCCGCUAUACAUGGAGAGGCCCAGGUCAAGAUCUGGAGGCGCUCUUUUGACAUACCUCCCCCAUCCAUGGAUGAGGGGCAUGACUUCUACCAGAGCAUCAGCAAGGACCGGCGUUAUGCCGACCUGACAGAGGACCAGCUUCCUAGCUGUGAGAGCCUCAAGGACACCAUCGCCAGGGCUCUGCCCUUCUGGAACGAAGAGAUCGUUCCACAGAUCAAAGAGGGGAAGAGGGUGCUGAUUGCUGCCCACGGCAACAGUCUCCGAGGCAUCGUCAAGCAUCUCGAGGGUAUGUCAGAGGAGGCCAUCAUGGAGCUAAACCUGCCCACAGGUAUCCCUAUUGUGUACGAGCUGGACAAGAACCUGAAGCCUUUAGGACCGAUGCAGUUCCUGGGAGAUGAGGAAACCGUCAAGAAGGCCAUGGAAGCUGUAGCUGCUCAGGGCAAAGCCAAGAAAUGAGUCCCCCAACCCCAAGAUGAGCUUUGAGAUAGACUACAUACAUAAAUAAUGUGUUGUUCAGUUAUUACACGGUCAUUUACUGUUAAUGUUCUCACAGAUUUGUAUACAUACAGACCAAAAAAGUAUGCACUUUGUUUUCAUAGUACUGGGAUUUCCAUAGGAAAUUUGAUUGGUGACAUCCUGAAAUAUACAUGUCAUUAUUAAACACUAGAUAUCACCAGUAAUAUGGUUUAAACACAAACCGAAAUGUAAAAUCCGGUACCAACAUAUGGAUAGCAAACAUAGAUACACCCUCCGGUCAUCCCAUGUACUCCUUCCUAUUUCCCACCUAUGUAGAUGAGGCUCAGAGGGGAAAAUAUAACCUAUAAAGAAACACUGGCUGUUGUCAAAGGGAGAAGUUGUUGUUGAGUAUUGUUUGCUGUAGCAUUGUGAAAAAAUAAUAAAUGUUUUGAGCCAUUA